CUAGAGAGAUGCAUCGAAGGAGGUAACAAAUCUAGAAGACAGGAUCAUGGCAAACAGAAGGGACAAGCCUACUGGCUUUGUGAGUAGAAUCAUUAAAUCUUAAAAAUGAAUGUUGAUUUAAAGAAAAAAACUUAUCAGUAAAAGAAUAUGAAGAGGAAAUGAAGUACAAUUGGUACACUUAAAACUAUUUAGUGUUAUAAAUCAUGUUAUUGAAUAUGGAAAAAUAUGGAUUGUCCAAGUUUUAUGCUUAGAACGUUUAGAAUAAUUCAGAUUGAUUUAGAUUUAGAUUUGUGUAUAGCAAUGUACCAAUAUUAUCAUAUUCAAGGCAUAUAAGUACGUGAUUGAAUGAAAGCAAUGAAGAUACUAUUUUGAAAUCUAAUUGCACCUUAUUCCAUCUCAACAAUCAAAUCAUUGCACACGAUAGUGUAGUAUUCUGAGAUGACUCUACACUCGUACACGGAAAGGAUUUUGCUGAAAGAUCUAAAAUUUAGCUGAAUACAAAUCUGAAAAUAAUUCUGUUGAACCAUCAAAAUAAUUGUAUUGGAAACUCAAUAUUGAUGAAAAAUGCUGUAAGAAAUGUUGUCAUUCUAGCAAUCAGUUUGAGUUUCCGACAUAAUUACUUUGGUGAUCGAGCGAAAUUAUUUUCAGAUCUGUAUAUUGAGCGAAAAUUUACGAUCUCUUUUAGCAAAAUCGUUCUUUCCGUGUUUGAUUAUUUUAUGCCACUAUUUUUAACUCGAGUUGCAAUAUUAGAGGAUCGUACGUUCUACGAAUAUUUGUACCUUUUCGAUGCUUCUUAUCUCUGCGAGUUUCGCAAUCGUAACGUUGGUAGUAUCAGCGCUUUACCAUUUGCCUAUGUACGACAGUCGCGGUCUCGAUACCACCGAGGCACGAUCGAAUGCUAUUGAUUCUCGAUUCUCUUUCCUCCGGUCGCGCAUAUUAUCGCGGAUAUCGGUUCCAUCGAUUAACAGACGUCAUUUCAGCGUCGCGAUUUCGCGAUAACGCGUUUGAACACGUACACCAAAGUGCAUCUCGGUAAUGUUACAAGUAUAAAUUAGGCUCGAAGGAACGGCUCGGCAGAAGUAAAAGAAUGUCUGGCAUCCAAAGGAGAAAGAGUUGGUAUCAUAAAGCCGAGGCCAGCAUCAAGUUGGACACAUGGUUCGGCCGGCCGAAGAAGUCCGUGCGCGGAGGCGGGCAGCGCGGCUAUUCGGGCAGCAACACCAUGCCCAGGCCGCACUCCGGCGACGAUAUCAACGAGAUCGAGCAACAGCGUUGCAUCAUCGAGAGGAUGGAUGAGGAGACGGUGAACGAUAGAUUCGAGGAAAUGCUGGCCAAUAUGAAUCUAACGGAGGAGAAGAAGGAACCGUUGCGCCAGCAGUCGGAGUCGAAGAAGAAGGAGAUGCUGGUGUUGCACUACAAGGGCAGCAUACAGGAGAACCGAUCGAAAUUCGACAAGCCGGCGGACUACAUACAGUACCUGGCGCAGCCCGACUUGAGCGUCAACAAGAUCUACAACUGUAUCGAGUCCCUCAGAAUCGCGCUUACCAACAAUCCGCUCAGCUGGGUGCAGGAGUUCGGCACCAAGGGCCUCAAGCAGGUUCUGGCCACUCUCAAUGAGUGUUACCGAAAUGACAACCGUUACGAGCGGAUACAAUACGAAUGUAUUCGCUGUUUAAAAGCUAUCAUGAACAAUACCGUUGGUAUAAAGGAGAUGUUGGCCCAUCACGAGGCCCUUACCAUCGUGGCCAGGUCAUUGGAGCCGACGAAACCGUCCGUAAUGUCCGAGGCUGUAAAGUUACUCGGUGCGGUGUGCCUCAUAUCCAGCGACAGUCACAAAAAGGUUUUAGACGCGGUCACUAUGAACGGCGAGUUCAAAGGCCGCGAAAGAUUUCUGCCAAUCGUACAAGGUUUGAUGAAUAAGAAGAAUGAAAAUUUAAGGGUAGUGUGCCUUCAACUCAUAAAUUCGAUAAUAUCAUCCGCGGAGGAUCUAGAUUUUCGCUUACAUCUUAGGAACGAGGUAAUGCGAGUAGGUCUAGCCGAUAUUCUCGAAAUGUUAGAGAAAGAUGAGUCGGAAGACUUGGCGACGCAUUUGAAGAUCUUCAAUGAUCACAAAGAGGAGGAUUACGAGGAGUUUGUACAGAGAUUUGACAACGUGCGAUUAGAAUUGGACGACGUUAACGAUUGCUUCGAAGUAGUUAAAAAUAUGGUGAUGGAUACUUCCGCCGAGCCAUACUUUCUAUCUAUACUUCAACAUCUCUUAUUUAUUCGAGAUGAUGCCCUGGUCCGACCGGCAUAUUAUAAAUUGAUUGAGGAGUGUAUAUCGCAAAUUGUGUUGCAUCGUUCAGGCUGUGAUCCGGAUUUCAGCGCGACAAAGCGCUUCCAGAUUGACGUACAACCGUUGAUCGAUACCCUAGUCGAGAAGUCACGGGCCGAGGAAGAACGCCGAUUGGUGGAGGUGACGCAAAAGUUAGAGGAAGCUAUAGCCAGUAGGCAGGAAGCCGAAGCGAAACUUCAGCAUGCGGAAAACAAGAUCAAAGAACUGGAGCAAGGAACGGGGAAGCCUGGUGGUCCCAGGUCUGCGGUAUGUCCACCUCCGCCACCUAUGCCCGGAAUGGGCGGCGGACCACCGCCGCCGCCGCCUCCUCCUCCUCUUCCUGGCGGUGGUGGCCCACCUCCACCACCGAUGCCUGGAAUGAUGUGUCCACCUCCACCGCCUAUGCCCGGCUCGAAAGGACCUCCACCUCCACCUAUGCCCGGAAUGGGAGGAGGACCUCCACCACCACCUAUGCCGGGAAUGGGCCCUCCGCCGCCACCUAUGGGAUCUCCACUGCCCCCAGCGAUACAAGUUUUACCUCAUGGACUGAAACCGAAGAAGAAGUGGGAAGUGGACGGCCCAUUGAAAAGAGCAAAUUGGAAAGCGAUCUUGCCUCACAAAUUGACGGAAAAGUCAUUCUGGAUGAAAGUACAAGAAGACAGAUUAGCUAGCCCGGAAAUAUUGGAUGGUCUUGCUCAGAAAUUCGCAUCGAAACCGAGCGGGAGAAAAAUGGACGACGUAGUUGAUAAAUCAGCCCCAACGAAAAAAGUAAAGGAUCUCAAAGUUUUGGACGGCAAGACGGCUCAAAAUAUAUUGAUACUUCUCAAUGGGACGCUGAAGCACAUGCCUUACGUGGAAGUGAAAAGAUGUUUAUUUAGAUGCGAAGGACCAGUUAUUUCUGACAAUAUAUUACAGGGGUUAAUUCAAUAUUUACCACCGCCGGAUCAAUUGUCAAAGUUACAAAUGUACAAAGAUCAGUAUGAUGACUUGACUGAGGCGGAACAGUUUUGUGUUACGAUAUCCAUGAUAAAAAGGUUACUGCCCAGAUUGAGAUCGUUGAGCUUUAUGCUGCGAUACGAGGAGUUGGUGCAGGAUAUAAAACCCGACAUAGUGGCGGCUACAGCGGCAUGUGAAGAAGUGAAGAGUAGCAAAAAGUUUGCACGGAUUCUCGAAUUAAUAUUGCUACUCGGAAACUAUAUGAAUUCCGGUUCCAAGAAUGGUCAAGCGUUCGGAUUCGAGAUUAGUUUUCUUACAAAGCUGACCAGUACUAAAGACAUCGAUAACAAGCAAACUCUUAUGCAUUACUUGGUGAAUACGAUAGAGAGAAAGUUCCCGGAAUGUCUCAGCUUCGUUGAGGAACUGGCACACGUGGAUCGCGCCAGUCGCGUGUCUUUAGAGAACGUUCAGAGAACAUUACGUCAAAUGGAGACCAAUAUUCGUAAUCUCGAGCAGGAUCUCACGAACGCCAAAGUUCCGCAGUGCGACGAGGACCUAUUUAUAAAUGUCAUGAAACCGUUCGCCAAGAAAGCUAGGGAAUCUUACGAGGUUCUGCAGAAUAUGUUCAAAAAUAUGGACUCUCUGUACACGGACAUCUCAGAAUUCUUCUCCUUCGACAAGCAGAAGUACACCAUAGAGGAAUUCUUCGGCGAUAUCAAGACGUUCAAAGACGAUUUCUUGCAAUCGCAGAGGGAGAUCAUAAAGCUGAAGGAGGGCGAGGAGAAACAGAGGCGGGCGAGGGAGGCGCGCGAGAAAGCGGAAGCGGAAAAGGCGGCGCGGGCCGCGCGUAAGCGCGCAUUAGUCGAUAUGAACGCGCACGAGACGCAGGAGGGUGUCAUGGACAGUCUGAUGGAAGCGCUGCAGACUGGAUCGGCCUUCAGUCGACCGGACCAACGGCGCAAGCGACAAACCCGCGUGGCUGGUGGUAAGUUGUAUAGGACAUACAUCGGGCGACAGAUGAUGAAGAAGGACCAGGCAACUCAAGCAUAUAUAUUUAAUAAGGCUUUAAACAAAUCGACUAAGCUAAUGCACGAAAAUCUAACCCCGACUGAAAUCGUGCGACACAAUGUACUCCCGAACAGGAUUGUGGCUGAGAUACGCACGGCGGGCAAUUCAACGAGCUACCUUACGCCGGAGGAGAAUCAAGAGAUGUACAAGCGAAUGCUGAUAGACGAGGCCAAAAAGACGCCUAGGCAGACCAAGUACUCGUCCAGAGUCACGUUCUUUCAGAAAAAGAAACUGUGCAGCCGUUGCAAUCGCGUGUAUUACACGGCGAUGCCGGUGCUCGAUGAGACGCCGAAGAGGGACAUUUUGCUAAAAACGUUCAGAAACUUGGAGUCCAGAUGCGUUAGGACUGACGAAUGGGACUCGAGCCCGCUAGUCGGCCAAGAGGACUCCGUUAAUCGAGCGUGUAUACUCAGUCCGGUUAAGCAGAGGCGCGUCGUGGUCAGCAAGAUACGCAAGAGAAACAGCAUUGUACGCCGCACCAUAUCCAAUCGCAAGCGUAUACGCGCGGGCAAUACACCCGCGAAGUGCCGCAGUCAGCGCGCUUACUUGCAAAGUCCACCGAGCAUGAGCACCACUAUGCCACCGAUCGCCGACGCGCCGGCCGUGGAUUCUGUAAAUGAAAAUAUGUCGAAAUCGAUCGACGGCCUUUACACUAAGAUACUCAAACCGGCGUUCACCUCGAUGAAGCUCUUGAGAUCGAAGAAUUUCGAAAAUCUGACACGAUAUGAUGAAAAUCAAAACGUACUGGUUUUGAAGAACUCGGGAUUAUCAAACUCGAGCGUAUCCACACAGUUUUCGAGUAGCGAGCAGAUAAUUAAAACGCAAUCGCCGCUGAUGACAGAGAUCAGUGGUGUUAUGUUACUGUCGGAAAACAGCCCGAUGCACCUUAUAGAGCCGAACUCUAUUCGUGUCGCUGCAAAGGGUGUAAAUGCGUCCGCACCCUCUGGACAACGCGCGAACGCAUACAAGCAAUUCGCUCUGGAAACAGGCAAUCCAGAUGCAAAAAGUAACAACAAAUUGAGAAAACUGAAGGAUGGCUCGUGGAAGAAGAAAUGGAAGUUUUGGCAAACGCCGAUAAAUACUAUUUAAUGGAAUUAUAUGCUGCCUUAGCGUUCAUACAAAACUGAAAAUGAAAAGGCUGACGAGAGAAAAUCUUUUUAAUAUAUAUAAUUUUUUAAUUCUAUCGAUGCGAAGAAAUUUGUUCUAAAAAGCGUUAGGAGGCUCGAAAAGUCAUCUGAUUUUCCCAUCCAAAGAGAGCGACAUUCUCAUGUUGAAAGCAUGUCGUACGUGUUGCAAUAUUUUUUACGAUUAACAUGGUAUAAUUCCGCGAAAUUAUAUUUUUAGAAUAAAUGUAAGAUCAAUUUACUUUGCCCUAGCCGUGUUAAUGUGAAUUAAUAAUUUUUUACGCUUUUUUAUUUAUUUUGAGAAUAGUAAGACUCGAGUAUAAUUUCGAUGUGUAUCAAUACAUUAAAAUUUUACCUGCGGCUUUGUAAUUACAUUAAUACAUUUACGUGCCAUACAAACUAUUCAAGACUGGUAAUUGUAAUAUUUGUGAUUUGUGAAGAAUCUGAGUUUGCAAAUAUUUUCAUUAAGCAUAUAAAUUUUACAUGUUUUAAUUAAUAUUCAAAUUCUUUAGGCAAACAAGAACGAAUAUUUGUAAUAGAAAGUCUUGAAUUUUAUGUAUUUGACGCACGCAAAUAUAUUCUAUUGAUUACUGCAGAAAUUACGAUAACGCAAUAAUAAAAUAGAAAAAUCAAACUACGCUUCUGUCGUUCCGAUGACUUGUAUAUUUAGAUUAUUAAGUUAUUCAAUGAAAUGUGAGGUGAAUAUGUAAUUUCACAAUUUUUUCUGAUACUGAUGAUAUUAUAAUGUGAUAUUAAAGCAAAUUUUUGUUUGUUUUCUCGUUGCUUUGAAAAAAAUUUAAUUUCUUAUUUUUAUAUGUAUUUUCGUUCUGGCUUAAAAUUUUAAAUGUGACAAAGCAAUUGAGUUUUUGAUAAAACAUGUACCAAAGACUGUUUUGUAUAAAGACAUAUAUAAAUAUUUAUAAUUAAAUGC